AUGGCUGGGCAAAAACUUCCUCUAAAAACCAUUGACUGGGUAGCUUUUGUGGAGAUCGUACCCCGAAACCAAAAGGCCAUUGCUAAUUCCCUGAAAUCCUGGAAUGAAACCCUCACUUCCAGGUUGGCUACUUUACCUAAGAAUCUACCAGCUACUGACUGCACUUACUACAAGGCCAAUGUGGCCAAGGCAGGCUUGAUGGAUGACCUUGAGAAGUUUAAUGCCCUGAAGUUUCCUGCACCAGAGGAUAAAUAUACAGCCCACGUGGAUGCUGAAGAAAAGGAAGAUUUGAAAACUUGUACCGCAUGGGUGUCUCUCUCAAAGGCAAGGAUUGGACAAUAUAAGAAACAGCUGGAGAAGAUGAGGAACUUAAUUCCAUUUGAUCAGGUGACCACUGAGAACUUGAACAAAGCUUUCCAAGAAACCAAAUUAGACGAGAGAAACUAUCCCUAUUGA